CCUCUCACUCUACAGUCCCUUCUCUCUCUCUCUCUCUCUCUGUCUAAAAACACCUCUCUCUCUCUCUCUAAAAACACACCUCUCUCUCCACCACAUGGCGGCCGAGCAGUCCAACAAUCCCCCUCCCCAACCCCCGCUGCCCCCUCCCACCCUCCCCCUCUACCCGGAGAUGAUCAUGGGGGCGAUCGAGGCGCUGAACGACGCGAGCGGCUCGAACAAGUCGGCGAUCUCGAGGCAGAUUGAGGCGACGUACGGGGAGCUGCCCGCGGCGCACACCACGCUGCUGUCGCACCACCUGAACAAGAUGAAGCAGGGGGGGCAGCUGGUGAUGGUCAAGAACAACUACAUGAAGCCCGACCCCAACGCGCCGCCGCGCAGAGGCCGCGGCCGCCCGCCCAAGCCCAAGACGGCCUCCUCGCUCCCGACGACCGACGCCGUCGCGUCGCCGCCGAGGCCCAGGGGCCGCCCGCCCAAGGCGAGAGACCCCUUCGCCCCGCCGUCGGAGGCCAAGGCUAAGCCGGCGUCGUCCGGUAGGCCACGUGGCAGGCCGCCGAAGAAGGCGAAGGUGGAGUCCGCCGUGGAGGGCGGUGUGACGUCGGCGGCGCCGGCGAGAGGGAGGGGGCGGCCGCCGAAGGUGAAGCCGGAAGUUGUUGCGGCGCCGGUAGAGUGCUAAUUUGAUAGAGUAGAGUAGAUUUAGGGGUGUUAGUGCUAAUUUGUUUUUUUCCUUUUUUUGGCCUCGGCUUAUGUUGGUUUAAUUAUGGUUUAGUCCUUUUAGUUUUGGUUUAUUUUUUAUUACCGUUGAGUGCAUGUGGGCAGAGUGCUGUAAGGUUAUUGUUGUGACUGUAAUUGUGAUGGGAUGUAAAUUUAUCCGGAAAUUUAUGCAGCGGUUGUUAAGGCUUUA